GGCGUGAGCUGUCCCUCUAGGUCCAGCAGACCCUUGGUGAAUGCUGCUGCUGACAUCUGCACAGAACGGACCCUCUUCAAGCCCUUCUUCAAGCCCUUCUUCAAGCCCUUCUUCAAGCCCUUCUUCAAGCCCUUCUUCAAGCCCUUCUUCAAGCCCUUCUUCAAGCCCUUCUUCAAGCCCUUCUUCAAGCCCUUCUUCAAGCCCUUCUUCAAGCCCUUCUUCAAGCCCUUCUUCAAGCCCUUCUUCAAGCCCUUCUUCAAGCCCUUCUUCAAGCCCUUCUUCAAGCCCUUCUUCAAGCCCUUCUUCAAGCCCUUCUUUCCCUUCUUCAAGCCCUUCUUCAAGCCCUUCUUCAAGCCCUUCUUCAAGCCCUUCUUCAAGCCCUUUUCAAGCCCUUCUUCAAGCCCUUCUUCAAGCCCUUCUUCAAGCCCUUCUUCAAGCCCUUCUUCAAGCCCUUCUUCAAGCCCUUCUUCAAGCCCUUCUUCAAGCCCUUCUUCAAGCCCUUCUUCAAGCCCUUCUUCAAGCCCUUCUUCAAGCCCUUCUUCAAGCCCUUCUUCAAGCCCUUCUUCAAGCCCUUCUUCAAGCCCUUCUUCAAGCCCUUCUUCAAGCCCUUCUUCAAGCCCUUCUUCAAGCCCUUCUUCAAGCCCUUCUUCAAGCCCUUCUUCAAGCCCUUCUUCAAGCCCUUCUUCAAGCCCUUCUUCAAGCCCUUCUUCAAGCCCUUCUUCAAGCCCUUCUUCAAGCCCUUCUUCAAAGCCCUUCUUCAAGCCCUUCUUCAAGCCCUUCUUCAAGCCCUUCUUCAAGCCCUUCUUCAAGCCCUUCUUCAAGCCCUUCUUCAAGCCCUUCUUCAAGCCCUUCUUCAAGCCCUUCUUCAAGCCCUUCUUCAAGCCCUUCUUCAAGCCCUUCUUCAAGCCCUUCUUCAAGCCCUUCUUCAAGCCCUUCUUCAAGCCCUUCUUCAAGCCCUUCUUCAAGCCCUUCUUCAAGCCCUUCUUCAAGCCCUUCUUCAAGCCCUUCUUCAAGCCCUUCUUCAAGCCCUUCUUCAAGCCCUUCUUCAAGCCCUUCUUCAAGCCCUUCUUCAAGCCCUUCUUCAAGCCCUUCUUCAAGCCCUUCUUCAAGCCCUUCUUCAAGCCCUUCUUCAAGCCCUUCUUCAAGCCCUUCUUCAAGCCCUUCUUCAAGCCCUUCUUCAAGCCCUUCUUCAAGCCCUUCUUCAAGCCCUUCUUCAAGCCCUUCUUCAAGCCCUUCUUCAAGCCCUUCUUCAAGCCCUUCUUCAAGCCCUUCUUCAAGCCCUUCUUCAAGCCCUUCUUCAAGCCCUUCUUCAAGCCCUUCUUCAAGCCCUUCUUCAAGCCCUUCUUCAAGCCCUUCUUCAAGCCCUUCUUCAAGCCCUUCUUCAAGCCCUUCUUCAAGCCCUUCUUCAAGCCCUUCUUCAAGCCCUUCUUCAAGCCCUUCUUCAAGCCCUUCUUCAAGCCCUUCUUCAAGCCCUUCUUCAAGCCCUUCUUCAAGCCCUUCUUCAAGCCCUUCUUCAAGCCCUUCUUCAAGCCCUUCUUCAAGCCCUUCUUCAAGCCCUUCUUCAAGCCCUUCUUCAAGCCCUUCUUCAAGCCCUUCUUCAAGCCCUUCUUCAAGCCCUUCUUCAAGCCCUUCUUCAAGCCCUUCUUCAAGCCCUUCUUCAAGCCCUUCUUCAAGCCCUUCUUCAAGCCCUUCUUCAAGCCCUUCUUUCAAGCCCUUCUUCAAGCCCUUCUUCAAGCCCUUCUUCAAGCCCUUCUUCAAGCCCUUCUUCAAGCCCUUCUUCAAGCCCUUCUUCAAGCCCUUCUUCAAGCCCUUCUUCAAGCCCUUCUUCAAGCCCUUCUUCAAGCCCUUCUUCAAGCCCUUCUUCAAGCCCUUCUUCAAGCCCUUCUUCAAGCCCUUCUUCAAGCCCUUCUUCAAGCCCUUCUUCAAGCCCUUCUUCAAGCCCUUCUUCAAGCCCUUCUUCAAGCCCUUCUUCAAGCCCUUCUUCAAGCCCUUCUUCAAGCCCUUCUUCAAGCCCUUCUUCAAGCCCUUCUUCAAGCCCUUCUUCAAGCCCUUCUUCAAGCCCUUCUUCAAGCCCUUCUUCAAGCCCUUCUUCAAGCCCUUCUUCAAGCCCUUCUUCAAGCCCUUCUUCAAGCCCUUCUUCAAGCCCUUCUUCAAGCCCUUCUUCAAGCCCUUCUUCAAGCCCUUCUUCAAGCCCUUCUUCAAGCCCUUCUUCAAGCCCUUCUUCAAGCCCUUCUUCAAGCCCUUCUUCAAGCCCUUCUUCAAGCCCUUCUUCAAGCCCUUCUUCAAGCCCUUCUUCAAGCCCUUCUUCAAGCCCUUCUUCAAGCCCUUCUUCAAGCCCUUCUUCAAGCCCUUCUUCAAGCCCUUCUUCAAGCCCUUCUUCAAGCCCUUCUUCAAGCCCUUCUUCAAGCCCUUCUUCAAGCCCUUCUUCAAGCCCUUCUUCAAGCCCUUCUUCAAGCCCUUCUUCAAGCCCUUCUUCAAGCCCUUCUUCAAGCCCUUCUUCAAGCCCUUCUUCAAGCCCUUCUUCAAGCCCUUCUUCAAGCCCUUCUUCAAGCCCUUCUUCAAGCCCUUCUUCAAGCCCUUCUUCAAGCCCUUCUUCAAGCCCUUCUUCAAGCCCUUCUUCAAGCCCUUCUUCAAGCCCUUCUUCAAGCCCUUCUUCAAGCCCUUCUUCAAGCCCUUCUUCAAGCCCUUCUUCAAGCCCUUCUUCAAGCCCUUCUUCAAGCCCUUCUUCAAGCCCUUCUUCAAGCCCUUCUUCAAGCCCUUCUUCAAGCCCUUCUUCAAGCCCUUCUUCAAGCCCUUCUUCAAGCCCUUCUUCAAGCCCUUCUUCAAGCCCUUCUUCAAGCCCUUCUUCAAGCCCUUCUUCAAGCCCUUCUUCAAGCCCUUCUUCAAGCCCUUCUUCAAGCCCUUCUUCAAGCCCUUCUUCAAGCCCUUCUUCAAGCCCUUCUUCAAGCCCUUCUUCAAGCCCUUCUUCAAGCCCUUCUUCAAGCCCUUCUUCAAGCCCUUCUUCAAGCCCUUCUUCAAGCCCUUCUUCAAGCCCUUCUUCAAGUCAAGCCCUACUUACAAGCCCUAUCCGAUCC